CUUUGAAUGUAACUCGUCCCAGAAACUUGUGAUCAUCCUGGUUUCUCAGAUGAGAAAACUGAGGCCCAAAGAAGUUACGCCACUGGGUUAAGGUUCCAGAGCAGGUCAGAGCCAGAUCAGAGUCAGAAACCGGCUUCUGGCUCUCUUCUCCUAAGGAUUACUUUCCUGACAGAAGAGGUGAGGGGUCGGCUCCGCGGCGGUACCUGAUGAAGGAAGGGUGGGAGAGAAUGUGGAGUCUGUUCACCUCAGUGGUUUCUCCUCUUCUGGAACCUUGCUUGUGGUCUUGAGGUGGUACACCGAGUCGAUAUCCAGCAGAAGGAUUGCUUAUUGUCCAUCUCUACGUUUAUGAUGGAGUCGAGUAAAAAAAUGGACUCGCCCGGCGCGCUGCAGACUAACCCGCCGCUGAAGCUGCACCCCGACCGCAGUGCUGGCACGGCGGUCUUCGUCCCCGAGCAAGGCGGCUACAGAGAGAAGUUCGUGAAGGCCGUGGAGGACAAGUACAAGUGCGAGAAGUGCCGCCUGGUGCUGUGCAACCCCAAGCAGACCGAGUGUGGGCACCGGUUCUGCGAGACUUGCAUGGCCGCCCUGCUGAGCUCCUCCGGUCCCAAGUGUACAGCGUGUCAAGAAAGCAUCGUUAAAGAUAAGGUGUUUAAGGAUAAUUGCUGCAAGAGGGAGAUCCUGGCUCUUCAGAUCUAUUGUCGCAACGAGAGCAGAGGCUGUGCAGAGCAGCUAACGCUGGGACACCUGCUAGUGCAUUUAAAAAAUGAUUGCCAGUUUGAAGAACUCUCCUGUGUACGUGCUGACUGCAAAGAGAGAGUGCUCAGGAAAGACCUGCGUGAUCACGUGGAGAAGGCCUGCAAGUACCGUGAGGCCACGUGCAGUCACUGCAAGAGCCAGGUCCCCAUGGUCACGUUGCAGAAACACGAAGACACCGAGUGUCCCUGCGUGGUGGUGUCCUGCCCUCACAAGUGCAGCGUCCAGACCCUCCUGAGGAGCGAGUUGAGUGCACACUUGUCAGAGUGUGUCAAUGCCCCCAGCACCUGUAGUUUUAAGCGCUAUGGCUGCGUUUUUCAGGGCACGAACCAGCAGAUCAAGGCCCACGAGGCCAGCUCCGCUGUACAGCACGUCAACCUGCUCAAGGAGUGGAGCAACUCCCUCGAGAAGAAGGUUUCCUUGCUGCAGAAUGAAAGUGUAGAAAAAAAUAAGAGCAUACAAAGUCUGCAUAAUCAGAUAUGUAGUUUCGAGAUUGAAAUUGAGAGACAAAAGGAAAUGCUUCGAAAUAAUGAAUCUAAAAUACUUCAUUUACAGCGAGUAAUAGACAGCCAAGCCGAGAAGCUGAAAGAGCUUGACAAGGAGAUCCGGCCCUUCCGGCAGAACUGGGAGGAAGCAGACAGCAUGAAGAGCAGCGUGGAGUCCCUGCAGAACCGCGUGACCGAGCUGGAGAGCGUGGACAAAAGUGCGGGGCAGGCAGCUCGGAACACAGGCCUGCUGGAGUCCCAGCUGAGCCGGCAUGACCAGAUGCUGAGCGUUCACGACAUCCGCCUGGCUGACAUGGACCUGCGCUUCCAGGUCCUCGAGACCGCCAGCUACAACGGUGUGCUCAUUUGGAAGAUCCGAGACUACAAGCGGCGGAAGCAAGAGGCCGUCAUGGGGAAGACGCUGUCCCUGUACAGCCAGCCUUUCUACACGGGCUACUUUGGCUACAAGAUGUGUGCUAGAGUCUACCUGAAUGGGGACGGGAUGGGCAAGGGGACGCACUUGUCGCUGUUCUUUGUCAUCAUGCGCGGGGAGUAUGAUGCCCUGCUGCCUUGGCCGUUUAAGCAGAAGGUGACACUCAUGCUGAUGGACCAGGGGUCCUCGCGGCGUCACCUAGGAGACGCCUUCAAGCCCGACCCCAACAGCAGCAGCUUCAAGAAGCCCACUGGAGAGAUGAACAUUGCUUCUGGGUGCCCGGUCUUCGUGGCUCAGACUGUUCUAGAGAAUGGGACGUAUAUUAAAGAUGAUACGAUUUUUAUUAAAGUCAUAGUGGAUACUUCAGACCUGCCCGACCCCUGACCAGGAGCUGGGGCGGUGGGUUUAGCAGAAGGCAACUCCUCGGGGGUGGGCCGCUCUGUCUUCACUGCGGUCCUCGCGUUCAGAGGAACCUGGUGGGACAGAGGAAGCGGCGGAAGGCGAAUGCAGCCGGCGGAGGAGCCACACGUGAAGACACACCCUGACACGUUUCUAAUAGACUAGCACCGCUCUCUGGAGAACUAUUUAUCCUUCGACGAGAUACAUACUGCUGUCAGAGGAGGUUUUCAUUUCAUUUUUAAAGAUCUAGUUAAUUAAGGUGGAAAACAUAUAUGCUAAACAAAAGAAACAUGAUUUUUUCUUCCUUAAACUUGAACACCAAAAACAGUGCACUCACACACGUGGGGGUAGCGGACCUGUCAGCAUGUUGGGAAAGGAGACUCUGGGGUAAUCACGCAGUUCUGAUAUACUUACUCAUCCUGAAGCUCAAGAGUGCAGUCUUGUUUCAAAUAUAGUAUAUUGUCUAUUUUUAAGGCCUCAUCUGGUCUCUGUUUUAAUAAUUUGUUUGUCAGAAGACCCUGAAGUAUACCUAGGUCUUUUUUUGAAAGUCUCUAAAAUCAGAAUCAUUUUUUAAUUUAAGGUUCUACAAAUAAUUGUUAACUGCAAACAUUUUAUUUUAAAACGUUGAUAGACUGAUAUUUCUUGGAAGAAAAUGUAAAAUAUCAAACACUGGUUAUCACUUGUGAUAGGAAAGAGAAUAUCAAUCUGUUGUUAUUUCUCGUUAGAAAUGUAAACCUUCAAUACCUGUCGUAGUUACUGACACUACUUCAAAACUAUUAUGAAAGGGACAUUGCUCAUGGAUGCUGUGCAUCAUUUUCAGAUUUAUAAUUGUUUUCACCCUAAAAUAGGGCAUUAGUUGAACUUUGGAGUUCUAAACAAAAUCCUGUAGGUUUUUAAAAUUCUGCCCCACGUGUUUUAGACGAGCUCUCCACGGCUGACAGCACCGACCUUUGGUCCCCAGGGUCAGGUGUCGGGGGUGGGCAGGCGGCUCGUGCUGAGGGAGGCCCGGGCAGACGUGCUCUCCAUCCUGUCGUGUUGCUGCGUUUUGUCUGUGAUCUCCAAAAGUGACAUCUUUAUGUAGAGAUGGUGGCAGUUCAUGUGCCUUAGAUGUGACAUGCUGCUUCUCGACCCUGGUUUGCAUUUGGCGUCUUUCUGGAAAGUGAUCGCUUAACCAGACUUUUCUCUCCUCCACUAGAUCUUUGUCUUGACAAGGGCCCUCAGACAACCCUGUCCCUGCAGAGGGGAGGCCAGGCUCUCACGCGGCUUCUCGAGCCUCCACUGCUUAAUUAGCACAGAUUCCAAACCUUUAGGCCCCAAAACUGAGCUGCCCAGUUCCACUCCAAAGGAGGCAGGUGUGGGGCAGGAGCCGCACCGUCCUGUGCCCCCACUGGGCACGGGUGCUCACACAGCUCAAAGCAGAGCCCUCUCCGCAUUCCAGAGACCGCCGCUCCGGGGCCUGGGCAGGCUGGCCUGUGGGUGUCCCUGAACUACUGCCCCGCCGGGGAGGCUGGCCCAGGGCCGCAGCGCUGGCCUGCGUGUGCCGGACGGCACUCGGCUCACUGUUUACUCCUCCACGGUCCAACUGUGAUGAGCAGCCUGCAGCCCCGGCCGCGCCCCUGCUAUGCACCACGCUCCAUGGUGCUCCUCCCACUGAUGGGUGCUACACGUGACGGGUGCUUCUUGGGCUAAACCAGCGUGUGAGCCUCUGCAUCUGUGCCGCUCGUCCGGAAGACGCGCCCACAGUUGGCCAGCUGGGCGGCACCCUUCAGACUGCCUGCCCCUGGGCUCUCCCCUCCGUCACACGGGGACAGCUGGGUUGGUGCCCAGUGGCCUACCUUGUCUCUGGUGCUGCCGCCUGUCCUGGGUGUGCCUUCGCCCCAGUGCCUGCUGGAAGCGCCCUCCUGUCGCGCACCCACCCCAUGCAUUCGUGAGUGACCCCGUUGGCCCCCAGCCCCAUCAUGCCUCUUGUGGUCAACGCUCGGUUCAUCCACCUUUUUCCUCCAUCUCCUGGAAUUGCUGUGGGGGCACAUCAGGGUCACGGCUCCGCCCUGCGAUGUAGUCCAUGUGUCCCUGCUCACAGAGGAAGGGCGGCCUGCAAAGUCGUGCGACGACAUUCCUUUGAUGUUGUCCCUGACCACCUCCAGGCCAGUCCCCUGGGUUUGACCUUGGAGGUCUGGAGGAGGUAGGACCACUGGGCCGUGUCUAGCCUGGUUUUAGGGGGCUUUCCUAGAACAGAUAUUAACAGGGAAACUCCUGCAGCCCCUGUCCCCUUGCCGAAAGUGCGUGUGAUGUUAACGGAUCUAGGAUGAGCACCACCUUCCUCGUUCUGCUAACACCGCUUCCCUGUUCUCUGGGUUUGAGCCUGGUUUGGGUCUGGCCACCAGGAAGCACUCAGAAGUGUCCGUGUUUGCUGGGCACUUUCCCAUGGCCCUUCUCAGACAGAUGCUCCUAGGAACGCAGUGGGACCCUCCUGGCCUGCCACCUGAGCAGGGGUGCGACUUAAGUAGCUGUCACUGUUCCCAGGAUAAAGGCGUUAGCGUGGCCGAGCUGCACCCUCCACGGUUGGGGCAGAGAGCUAGGGAUGGGGCAUGGACUGCCCUAGAACAGACGCCCCAGGUCUCUCCCCGCAGGGGCGGUCAGUGGUGGUGUUGGAGGUGGCCCUCCUCCCAGUGGACGUGCCUGUGCUAUUCCAUCCUAGGACUCCUGGGGGCCCUCCUCUGGUGCUCACCUCCUGGGGCCAGCCUCGGGCUGUGCUCUCCUGGUGCCGAGGCCCUCUCCACCUCACAGGGUCUCAGCCACGAAAGCGCAGGGUGGCUGUACACUGUGUCCGUGGGCAGGCAUCCCAUUUUCUUCAAAGGACAGAAUUCCCAGCAGGUCAGAACUGUCCCGCUGCUCUAAAGGAACCAGCACUGAGUUUUGUGCGCGUGAGCCCAGGCGGUCUGCUGCCCUGGCUCCUCUGUACCCCGACUGCUGCCUCCGCACCGUGGACCACCCGUCGCUGCUCCCCACUGCAGGGGAGGCGACCCGGGGCGGCCACUCAGGCCCCUUGCAGCAGCUCCCCUCAGGCCGAGCUGAGCCACACACAGGCCGUGGCUGCCUGUGGGCCCGAGUCUGGCCCUUGGGUUCCAAGGCGUGUGCCGGGGAGUGCUGGUCGCCGGAGCUGGAGUGCAUCUGUGCCAUGUGGGGCCAGGCUGCAGUUGGCUGAGAGCGAGGGGCCUGUCCAGCAGCAUUGGUGGGCCAGCGAGUGGGUAUCUGGGGGCCUCACUAGACUCUCUGGAAGGGACACCCCAGCCCCGGGUGGGCCGCUGGCCCUCUCUUUCUAGCUGGGCUUUUCUGCUUCCCAGGCUGUCACCAGAUGACAGGGUAAAAGCUAGGAGUUUGUGUAAACCGGGUCUAAGGCCAUGGGAAAGGCCCAGAGAGCCUCUUCAGGGUUAAGGAUGUGACACGCCAGCCCAUGUGACCCGUCUUCCCAGAGCCACCUCUGCUGAGGGACACCACCCGGCCUCUUGAUGACAAGAUGGCUAGUAGAAGGGAGAUUCUGCUCAAGAAGCUUCUUCCUGCCUCACCCUCCUUUUCUUCUUCCCGGCCCUGUCCCUGUCCCUCCUGUGGCUGCCACCCGGAUGGCUGCUCCCCCACCCCCACAGCCCAUGGGCACUGUGCCUGAGUCGGUUCUUCGACAGGCCUGGCGCCCCAAGACUUCCCCUGACCACAUGUGGCCUACCUUGGUGAGGGUGCCAGGUGUGAGGCAGUCCCAUGGGGCAGCCAGGCCUCCCCUGGCCGCCUCAGUCUGCUCUAGGGUCCUCAGUCAGCAAGGGCCACGUGUCCUAGCAGACGUCUGUCCCAGCACCAUCAUUAGCAGUGCUCCUGGCCCGACUGUCCAGUAGCGGUCACCCAUGGCAGGCCUGGCACCCUUGGGGUCAGCACCAGCAAAGAAAGGGUGUGUGGUCCGAGCCUUAAACCACAGCAGCACCCAGAGCUGGUAAGUGCUGUCAGCUGAGGGGAGACGGAGGCGCCCAUUCCCGCAGCUGGGCCGACACCCUCCCUCUGCAGGUUGAGGAGUGGCCCAGGGACUCUUGUCAUUUGUCCAGCCAGAUAGCCCCAGGAAAGUGGCUGUGCUGCUGUCCCCGGGGGUCACUGUGGGUCAGUCAGCACAGACCCCCACAGGGCUCCUGCCCGACCCCUCUCCCGCAGGUUCCUCCCCUUGGUAGUGAGCACAGCGCAGAGGCCCAGGCAGAGCGGUGAGGUAGUUCCCUUUUACUCACUGGGCUGUAGAGGGGGGCCCAGGGAGAGCCAAGAGCUCUGCACUUGAGUGUGAGGGGGGCAGGGAGUGUGCGUCACGCAGGUCUGCGCAGCCUCCACAGAUCUCCACGGCUGUCUGCUCCGGAGUAGACGUGCCCGCUGCCGCCCAGGUUGGGGUGGUCUGUGCGGUGGGCCACCUGGUCGUGACUGCUCUCGUCCUGGCUGGUGCUGGCGGUCUCAGGCACAUGGUGUCCAGGACCCAGGCUUGCAGCCCAUCGCAACAGCCCAGAACCCUCCCAGGUGUUUUCCACCUGCCUCAGGUGUGUCCUGGACGCAGCUCAGGGCAGAGGCAUGGCACUGUGACAGGGUGGCCAGUGGUGCUAUGGCCGAGGCCCGAGGCCCAAGCAGAGCUUGCGUUCCAUCCCCAGCUGUGUGCUGUCCAGUCUGUCUUGUGAACUCUCGCCGUGAAAAGGUCAAAAGCCCGGGAUCACUGUGCCACUCCUGUGACAGUGGUGGCUUCAUGACAUAGUCCCCUUAGACAAGAUCACCUUCAAACUAAAUGACUUAAUUGGAGACCACAAAAGCCGGCGUUCUAUCCAAGGGCCACUCAGAGCUGUCUGUGGGACGGCCUCUGAUGAAGGGAUGGGGAGCCGAGGUAGAAGGCCGUGCGUGGGACGUUUGGAAUUUUGUUCUCCAACGGUACACCUCUUGCGUUCAGUUCUGUUACCCAAAAACAAAGACCAAAGAAGGCCCUUCUGUCAUUUGACUCUACUUUGAACCUGCCUGUGUUGAAGUCGCCAUCUGUAGCGACCGCUCGCCGUGCGGACCCAUCUUGAUAGUCCAAGUGAUCGUGACCAGUGGCUCACGGCCUGUGUUUUUCUGCUCUUCUAAGAAAAAAACAAAAAGACAGUGUAAGUUAUUGCUCAGCAAUAAUGAUGUUGUUCAUAUGAGUUGGCAACAUGUCUGAUUUCCUGAUAGCAUUAUUAUGUUUUAUAUUUCUGUUUACUGUACAUUGUGUGUGGUUUUAUUUGGUAUUUAUUUGUGUUUUGAGGUCUUGCAAUGUUUUUGUGUUUCUGAUGCUAAUAACUAAAGUUUGUAUGACUGUAGAAUGCGAACUUUGAGAUGCUAAAUUGUCUUAGAGGACAAUAAAUCUGAUUAAGGAG